AUGGCCAAACCUACUGACCCUAACGGUAUUAAGUUCAGUUUAGAUUUACCACAGGCGUCACUUCUCCAUCUUGACUUUCUCAAACAGAUCAGCAAGCAUCCGGAUUUAGAGGAGGGACCAAUCUUAACUCAAGCCAUCCACAGAUACAUCAAUCUAUGGCUUCCAUUGGCUGCCAAACAUGACCAAGAAGUCUUACCCGCUCCUCUCGACAUACAGUGGGCGUGGCAUUGUCACAUGUUGUGUCCAGUGACGUACAGAGAAGAUUGCAUGGCCCUCGUAGGCAAAGUUGUGGAUUCUAAAUUGUUUACUCCUCAAGAGUUAAAGAAAAUAUACCCAGUCACACAGAAAUAUUGGUCUGAAGCCUACCCUAAUCAUCCAUUAGAAGUAGGUGGCGAUGUUGUUGAUCCACGGUACACAACUCUGCCACAAACUUCGUAUAACAUUGCAGAAGCUGCAGGCAGACAAAAGGUAUUUUAUUAUCAAGUGUCCUUGCCACAUUACAAAGAUGAGUCCUUCUUAAAGAAUGCCCUUCUCAGAUACAAAAAAUACCUUUUCCUUAAACUGAAGAACCCAGGAAUGUUUCUUGUGCCUUGUUAUGACAUAGAUCUAAUCUGGCACACACAUCAACUUCAUCCUCUAAAAUACCAGAAUGAUACGACUAAUCUACUGGGUCGUGUUUUCAACCACGAUGAUACAGUGAACGAUCGGACAGAGGGAUCCAAACUAUACAAUGCUGAUUUAGAAACACGAACUGUAUGGAAGAACACUUUUAAUGAAAGUUUCUCAAUGUAUGGGGCUAUGUAUCGGGGUGAUCCUCCUCGUGGCAAAUUAUACGGCAUGACACAAGAAGAUUCAUUUUACGCAUGUACCAAGAUGAGUGAAAUAGUUAUAGAAUCUAUACAGCUGUCCAAUCUUCCCCCAAAUGCGAAGAAAUUCAGACUGAAAAUAUCAAUUGCAGUAAAUAAAAAAGAGCUUCAAACAGUAGCUUCACUGAAAGGACCGAAAACUUCAUGGAACGGUUUGGCAAAAUUCAACUUCGAUACCAAGCAGUCGAACAAUCUGAAAUUUCGCUUGUAUGAAAAAACAGGAUUUUUAUGUUUAGGAAGUGAUUUGUCUUUCGGUGAAAGUGUCUACGACAUGUUGCCGCAUAUAGAGGCCACACCACCAAUCAGCUCUAGGUUGAAUAUAGCGGUCACAUUGGGCACAUCUGUUAACCUGAAUAUAGUGGGGACUGUUCAGAUCCCGAGGCGUGGAUGGUGUACACUGCAGUUGGUACCAGGUUCUUAUGAACAAUGUAUGAUGCCUGUAGAUGUUGAAUCUAUGUGGGGACCAGUUCCAUUACCUAAAUUACCACCCGGUACAGAUAAUGUUUGUGAUGUGGCAUCUCACACGUUGAGGAACCAUUUAGGUAAACCAGUAUUUACGGCUCGUAUUAUCCAUAGCAUACCAUUGAUGACGUCAGUGGUUCAUGUCUUCUUCAAAGAUAAAUUGUCCGUGGUAGCUCAUUUGGUAGGAUCAGAUCAACUACCAUUGCCAUCAUUGGUUACAUCAUCAAAAUCAAACAUAACAUUGAAUCCACGACGUGGUGAACGAGCUGUGUUGAUUAAGAAUAACGAAGGUGAUUGGGGUGUGGUGGUUGGAAGUUGGGUCGGUUUUAAAAAAGGUAUCCCUGGUGUUAAAGGUACAAGACAAAGAAAGGGAACACGCGGUGUUCCUGGAAGUCCAGGUUCUUUAGCAGUUAAAUUCAGGAAAAUGAACGACAAGAAUUGGCACGAGAUAAACGCAACAAGUGUGUUCAAUUUUACACUUGGUGGUCUGAAGGUGGAUAUGCAGAUGGGAGGUAUACUGUACCAACCAGGACAACAUGAUGAUAUUGCCGAGCACAUUGCUCUUACAUUUAGUAUCGCCUUAUUAUAUGUUCUCUGUCAGCCCAGACCAUCUAGUUGGAAACCAGGACAGUCUACCAAAGCUUCAUCCUCUAGAGGUACCAAAUCAGUGGCAGCGUGUCCUUCAGAAGACAUGGCCUUCAUUAUGGCAGCUGGUUUCUUGAUGAGCACGCCAUCAAACCACUACAUCAGUACGACGUAUGGAUUAAAUGCUUGUGCUGGUUGUGGUGUUGGUCCUAUUGGUGAUAUUAGUGGUGUAGACUGCGGUGAGGGGACUGGUACCACUUCUGAUGUCAAUACAUGUGGUAUUACUGGUGGCGAUGGAGAUGGGGGUGCUGGUGGUAGCGGGGAUGCUGGUGGAUGUGGAGGCUGUGGUGGUUGUGGAGGAUGUGGUGGUUGUGGUGGUGGUUGUGGAGGUGGUUGUGGAGGGGGGUGUGGAGGGGGGUGCGGCGGGGGUUGUGGUGGCGGUUGUGGUGGAUAG